AUGUCCUCCUUCGAGCGCUCAUCCUCUAGGUCCAACGACUACGACGGCAGCGACGUCGAACACAAUGCUCGAUAUGAAGGCACCAAAGAUCAGGACAGUAAGGACCUGGAGUCGAGACGUGAGAAAGCAGAGGAGGAAGCGGCAUGGGAACCUGAUAUGAAAGUCAAACCUGUUGAAGCACAAGAUUAUGGAAUCUUUUUCAACGACGUCAUCUACGUUGUGCUGAAAGUGGCUAAUAAACAACGCAAAAUUUGCUACGAUCUUCACUUCUGGAUUCCCUACAGGCUAAUCAAAGAAAUUGGUCCUGAGCCUCCACAGAAGGUGAUGGAGUUGUCCGCACUGCUAAACGACCAAGUCGUCUACCACAAAGAAAUCGAGUAUUUCGAAUCUUCAAUUCUGAAGAAUUACUUCAAAACAUUCAUCGUUCUCCACGGUGGGCCUGAAACGGCGUUCGACGAGAAAGAGCCCAAGAAAUACAAACCGCGUCUUCUUAAGUUCAAAUUAAAUCGCAAUCGAGGAGAAUUACGGGAGGUGCCUCUUUCGAAGAAGGCGCUUCAAAGCCAUUACGUUUUUGUUCUCGACAAAGGUUUGUGCAUGCUUCAGUGGAACGGCAGCUUCUGCAGUGAGAAGGAUCGUUCAGGUGCAAGCCCACACAUCGAAAAUUUCCUGAAACGCCGCAAAGGAAAGCUGACGAGAGAAUUUUACGAUGAAGAGGACCUUUUGGGAAUCAAUCCCUUCACAAGUGUUCUGAGUGACGAUUCGGUUGACCCCAUGCCGACUCCUCCCCAAUACAUCGAUAAAGCCAUGCUCUCUGACGACGAUGGAAAGCUGAAACUGAUUCCAGUAUAUCAUGGACGUAUUUCUCGAAGUGGACUGGACCCAGCCGAUGUGAAUUUUAUUGACACUUUAGAUGGACUCUACAUCUACAUUGGACCAACGGCAUCGAAACGGGAACGUGAGGGUGUCUGGCGAGGGGCAGAAGAAUAUCUCAACUCUACGGUCUGUCCAACUCGUUCAAUUCACUGCCUCAAUGCAGGGGAAAAGUCGUUUGAAUUCAAUGAAAUUUGGGAUGAUUACAACUAG